AUGAGCCGAGCAUUGUUCAGACACGUCGCCACCGAUGCCGCCCGGCUAAUACGGCGUAACGCGGCGGCGGAAGACCCGGUUGGGAAGACCGGUGUUGCUCAUUCCGAUGUCAGGCGAUUGCAAUCGAAGUCUUAUUUCCGCUCGCGUCAGCUUCUUGGGAGAGCAAAAGAAACAAAACUCUCACCUACGCCUUCUUCUUCGGGUUUCUGUUCAUCUUCUCCUUCUUCCUCGUCUGCGUCGGUGGAUUUCGUCGGAUGGUAUCUUGGUAUGGUGAAAUCACGCCCAGUUCUCACAAAAGGUGUCACUUCCUCGCUGAUUUACAUUGCCGCCGAUUUAUCUUCUCAGCCUCUUGUGAGCAACUCGUUUUCGUAUGUGUGGACAAUCUACAUGACUUACAUGGGAAACCGUAAGAAACCAGACGCGCUUUCGAGCUGA